GUGGGUGAGAGAGGAGUACAAAUGUCUGGGGGGCAAAAGCAGAGAAUAGCAAUUGCUAGAGCUGUAAUUAAGGCGCCAAAAAUUCUCUUGCUUGAUGAGGCCACCAAUGCAUUGGACUCAGAAUCAGAGCGAGUGGUCCAAGAAGCACUGGAUAUGGCAGCCGUGGGUCGAACAACCGUCAUCAUAGCCCACCACCUCUCAACUAUCCGCAAUGCUGACCUCAUUGCAGUGGUGCAAAAUGGUCAGGUCAUGGAGAUGGGCUCACAUGAUGAGCUUAUUGAAGAUGAACAUGGCUUAUACACGUCUUUUGUCCUCCUUCAACAGACUCAGAAAAGCGAAGAAUAUACAAGUGUUAAUAGUACAUUGGCGUCCAUUGCUAACACUGAUAUCCACAACACUAGCAGUCGAAGACUGUCAAUUAUGAGUCGGUCCAGUUCAGCUAACUCCGCUGCACCAAGUCGAGGAUUGGAAAUGGCAACAGUUUCCAGUGAUCAAGUCGUUGCAGUACCUUCAUUUAGAAGACUACUAGUAAUGAACUUGCCUGAAUGGAGGCAAGCAAUAUUGGGGAGUAUAGGUGCAAUAUUAUUUGGUGCAGUUCAGCCAGUUUAUGCAUUUGCAAUGGGUUCGAUGAUCUCUGUGUAUUUUCUACAAGAUCAUAGUGUUAUUAAGGAGAGAACAAAAAUAUACGCCUUAUGUUUUGUUGGGUUGGCUAUUUUCUCUUUCUUGAUCAAUAUAUACCAGCAUUAUAAUUUUGCAGCCAUGGGGGAGCACUUGACAAAGAGAAUCAGAGAGAGGAUGCUGUCAAAAAUGCUUACUUUUGAAAUUGGGUGGUUUGAUCGGGAUGAGAAUGCAACUGGUGCUAUUUGCUCGAGACUGGCCAAAGAUGCCAAUGUGGUAAGGUCUUUGGUGGGUGAUCGGAUGGCACUACUCAUCCAAACUUUCUCAGCU